GCACGAAUGAACGAAUGAAUGGGUCGUCAGCACAUGCACCGUAGACAUGCAGGCAAAUCCAUACACUCAGUCCGUCAAAGAAUGGCAUGUGACUACUUACUACUUUGAGAGAGCGGUUGGGCCUCUGCUCUGCUCUGUGCGAUCACCUCAACACAUCCACUACCUAAACCACACCAACACAGACACACAGGAAACAGUGAGGGUAUCACCGUCAGUCACGAGUGCCCUGCUCUUUUGCAUACCUGCUGCGCCCGUGGUGUCUUCGACGUUAGGUAUGGUCAGCCGGUGGAAAUCUGCACAUCCAUCCAUCCAUCCACAGACACGCGGAUCGACACUUCCACACAGAUGAGUGUGUGGUGACGGCCACCCACCUGCCAGAUUUCCAUCUCAUCGCACGUGAAGGUCUCGGACUUCGCCAAUGUGCCGUUGCCCGUGCUGUCCCUCCGUCCCCUGUACCCCUCCGAAAGGCACUCCUUAUUGAUGCCCUGGUGGCACCGACUGAGGUCGGCCGCCGGACCAGGCUGGCCCCACCCCAACCACAGGUGCCCGCAAGCGAUGCCACCCAUGGCCACUUUCGCACGGUAGUCCAUAUUGUGGGCCUUCACCACCCCCUGUGUGCCGGCCACCCCCACCGACUGCCUCCUCUCGGGCAGCUCGAUCUUCGUCGGCGUCUCGUACGCACCCGACAGUGCAUAGAAGAAGACGGGCGCCUUGUAGAUGUUGGCCUUCGUGGGGUCCUUGGGCGGGUCGAGUGGGCUGUCGAUGAAGCAGCCAAAUCGGUGUGCGUCGCCAUCUCGGAGGGCAAAGAGGAGGCCGCUCUUGCCCGCCACGCACUCGAGCAUCUUAGGGAAGGCAUACGUGUCGCGACUACCCCUGACGGACGACACACAACACACACACAGAGACCCGAAGGCAGAUCUUUCAGGGCCCCCUCGUUGCUGUCUGUGUGUGUGGCUCGCUGACUUGUAUACGAGUGACGGCAUUGGUGAGGUCUUGCCCGUCAUCUUGAGCAGCUCCGCCAUCUCGUCGUCAGUCUCGAUGACGAAGCCGCCCCCCGCCACGCCGCUGAAGAAGGGCUCGUACUUCAGCCCAUACAUCUCAGUGUCGCCCUGUAUCUGCCUGCAGUUGCUCGCCGUCGGUGACUUGACGAUGCUGCCGGGCGGUGCGCACCGCCGUCUGCGGGCGAAGUCGAUCACCUUCAUGAGAUGGUUGGGGCGGAUGCACGACACACUCGAACCGCUGCAAGGAGGAUGGGAAGGACGUACUUAUGACGAUUGUCCCUUUGGCUCGCUUGUGGUGUGUUGCCCACCUGUGGAAGGUUGUGUAGAGUCGUUUGUCGCGGCCAACACGCGCCAGUGUGGCCGCAGUGGUCGACACUGUCUUGUCCAGGACGCGCACACUCCUUAUCUCGUCCACCCCUCCUCCCUGCCCCCCCUCCUCAGUGGCCAGCAGCGGCUUGACGGUCUUGUGGAAGUUGGCCAGGCCGCGCUGCACCUCGCCCAGCCGCCCCACUGACGCAUCCAGGCUUGCAGUGCUGCUCUUGACUGUCGCCAUGUGGUCGCCCUCCUCACCCUCCUUUCCCUCAUCUUCAUCGUCUUCCUCGCCCUCCUCGCCCUCCUCCUCCUCGCUCUCCAGCUCCAGUGCAUCGAGUUGCAUGUGGUCGUCAUCGUUGGUGUGCGCGGCCGUUUCCGCGGGUGCGUCGAUGUCGAGGCCGGUCUUGGUUGUGAAGAGGAGAUGGUGCCAGAAGAGGGAUGAGCUGUCGGUGUCGUGUGGAGGGGUCAGGAGGAUCUCGUGGCUCUCGCCCUGGGCGUCAGCAGCACCGACACCGGUGACCUCGUCACGCAACCCGGUGAAUGAAAGAACAGGCAACGCACAGCAUGCAUUCGGCUAAUUCUAUGUGAGUUCAUCUACCCUCUCCCCCCACUCUCGACCCACCAUUCCAUAUACACUGGAUCAGCGUUGAGGAAUGGCCGGCCCUCUGCGUCCUUGGGCAGCCCAUCCAGAUGGUACAGCAGCAGGUAUGCGAUGAUGCUCUCACUCACGCCGGGCAGCAGCAGAGGCUUGCGCGGCACACACAGCACCGUCCCGCCCACAUUGAUCUCGAUCUCCCCAUCCAGUCGCCCCGUCACCAUCAGCUGCCCUCCAUUCCUCGUGAUUAGGUCCUUGAUCGUCUUGGCUUGCUGCCGCAGCUUCUUGCGCAUCUGUUUGGCUGAUUUCUGUAUGGCGGCGAGUGCCUCAUCGGCCUCCUGCAGCUCUCUAUCAAUGGUCGGGCGACAGAUGGACGGGAGGGGCUCAAAGUCAUCGCUGCCGUCCGCAGGCGACUCGGGCGACUCCUGCGCCUUGCGCUUCUUCGCAAACAUGGUGAACUUAAACGCGCCGAAGGAGAAGGUCACCGGCGGGAGCGG